UGUAGCUUUAAGUUUGGUUGAGUCUGCCAAACCAAAGAAGAAGAAGAAGACGCAGCAGCUGAGUGACUGGUCUCACUGCAGAGAAAUGUCAUUUUGUAGCUUCUUCGGGGGAGAGGUCUACAAAGACCACUUCAAAUCAGGGAUGUAUGUGUGUUCCAAGUGCGAUCACCAGCUGUUCUCCAGCCGCACCAAAUAUGAGCACUCGUCUCCCUGGCCAGCCUUCACAGAGACCAUCCAUGAAGACAGUGUCUCUAAACAUGAGGAGAGACCUGGUGCAUACAAGGUUCGGUGUGGGAAGUGUGGAAAUGGACUUGGCCAUGAAUUUGUGAACGAUGGGCCAGGCAAAGGGCUGUCUCGCUUUUGAAUAUUCAGCAGCUCACUGAAGUUCAUCCCUAAAGAUAAGGUUGAUGGGCAGUAAGUGAGCUGUCAGGGGGAAGUGCUGCAGAAUUUGUAGACGUUUCUCUGGGCUGGGCUGCUGAAGGUGCGGACAGUGGAUGAAGUGUUCUGGGGAAAGGCCCAAUGUGGGAGCACCAGGGCUCUGAUGGACGGUGGCCUCACUGGACAGCAAGAACAGAGGACUUGUCUCAAAUCUUUUAUUAUGCAAUAAUCACAGAAUAAUCACUCAUUAACCAGGAUAGCCUCACUGAUUACACAUUCACUGUCUCAUCAGUUACAUAUUGAUUGAGACUUAAUUUCUCAUGUAACAGACUUCACAGGAUUCUGUCAGCUAUUUCUUACCGACAGUUUGUUUGUUUAAACUGAAAAUGAGCACCAAUCUGUAAGAAAUGGCUUUCAAAACUUUAAACCUAAGACUUCCAAAGAUUACUUCUGAUAUUUUUAAUAUUCAUUCAUCUACAAUGACUGCAAUGUUUGUCAUGCCAGAUGCGGAAACUUUGUAACUAAUUAAAUAAUAUUUUCACUACUGAGAAGCUUUAUGUAAAUUAGUCACAAUGACUGAUUGCAAAGAACUGAAAUGUAUUUUAAAUUAAGAUAAUGGUACUUUGAUAAAUAUCUCAUGUCUAUAAUCUUGUUUUCAAAUAUUAAAGUCACUUUUUUCCUA